CCAAAUUUGCUCCUCAUAUAGGAUGUCAUACGGUCAAUGACAUUGAAGACCGUACUAAGACAAUGUUGACGAAGAGUCAGUACAAGAUGUUUUGCACUAAAAGUAUAUUUGGUUUCUUCAUGAAGAAGAAAGAUUGUGUAGUCCAAGCCCAGUUAGGGAGAUGCAUUAUGUCACUUGAAACUAGGGAAAGUUCUACAAGUGCCAUAGUCAUUCAAGCAAAGGGCACAAUUCUUCAUUUCACUAUUAGAGAGUUUUCUUUGGUGACUGGUUUGAAUUGUGCUACAAAUAAGGAUGAAUUUGUGCUUGACGAGGAGCACCCAAAUAGAAUUAUUGAUCAAUAUUUUGAUGGUGAGAGUUUUGUAUAGAAAAAAGAUUUAUUAUGCUGCUGUUUCUGAUAAAAUUUGGGGGAAUGAUAACGAUGAAGAUGCGUUAAAGUUUGCCAAUUUAUAUUUUAUUCACGCAUUCUUACUAUCGUCAGUUGAUACCGUAGCUAUUCCACGCCUCCACUUUGAUUUGGUUGAGAGUGAUCGCUACAGUGAUUAUCCGUGGGGAUCGAUUGCAUUUGAAGAAUUAGCUAGAAGUUUGCAUAAAAAGUUGAAGCCGAAAGGAAAGUUCUAUAUGCUUCUUGGAAUGCCACUGGCCAUUCAAAUUUGGUUGUACGAGUGUUGUUCAAACGUGCCUCAUAAUGUUGCUUCCAAGGUGGAUUCUCAAAUCCUUCGUAUUUUGAAUUGGAAGACAAAUUCUCCUCGUCCAAGAUAUGAAACUCUUAUGGGAAGUAUGUUUGAUGAUACAGAUGACAAGGUUGUUUUUAAGAAUAUCGAGCCAACAAGAAAGGAGAUUUCAGCUUUUCAUAUACCGAAGAAGCUUGUUCCUGGAUCUGCUAGUCAUAAUGAAGACGACAUUGAUUCGAAUGAUGAUUUUCAGGAUCCUCCACAAAGACAAAAUCAGUUUACCACAAAGAAAAAACAUCAUGGAGAUUUCUCAGCUUCACCUAUAAAUAAAAAAUGGAAGCCACAUCCUAAAGGUGUAGAUGAGCUGACAUCAAAACGGACCCCUCCACCCCGUGCUGCAAAGAUGUCUUUUGUCAGGACUCCAAUUCACAAGUCAAUUCAAACAAAAGUUACGCUACGUGGAAAUAGGAAGGACAUAAACCGGCCUGACAGUAAAAAAUCUAUUCCGGUUCAGUCACCUGCUCUGUCUUCGUUUAGUUCUGAAGAUGAAGACGGUGUUGUCUCGAAGAAAGUCUUUGAUAAGUUUUGUGAAAAGGUAAUUUUUCUUUAAGCUUUUGAUUAAUUUAUUUUUUAAUUUUUAAUUAUUUUUUUUAUAAUUCAGGUAUGGCAAGAGUUUAAUGAUAUCCGUGGCCUAGUGUCUUUCAGGUUUGAUCAGAUGAUGAAUGUAAUCAAUGAAAAUAAGGUACAACAUAUGUAUUUUUUACAACUAAGUUGUUAUUUACUAUUUUUUUUAGUUUAUAUUUUCAUGUUUUAAACGAGAAGAAACAAGCAAAAGGCAGCGAAUUUGAUCAACCACCAGCGGAUGAAAAUGUUAAGAGUACAUCACCCCAUCAAGCAACUACAAAAUUUGUUCUUGAAUUUAA